AUGUCUUCGGGAUUUGGAAUCGGGCUGCUUAAUUCUACAACAAACUCUUCGUCACAAAAAUUGACUGCUGAUAUCGAGUUGGCUUCGAUGGUGGAAAAGAACGCCAAGACGGCUAAGGCCCGUCAUGAAGAGUCUAGUGAUCCGGUGUCGCAAUUAUUUCAUGGCCCACGAGAUCUUACCCAGCAUUCAAGAUGGCCAACUUUUCUUCGUCUUCGGGGAAGUAUCAUGCCGUACAUGAUUUUCCCGCUAAUCUUUGUGGCUACAUGGGCUACAGCUAUUACGCUCAUCUCUCGACGAGUCAAAAGCCUUGGUAUCAGUGGAACUCUCCUCACUGUUCUCGGUUUCGUGGUAGGUUUGUCGCUAUCUUUUCGAAAUUCCACCGCGUACGAGAGAUACAAUGAGGGUCGCAAGUACUGGUCCCAGCUGGCCAGUGUGUCUCAGAGUCUGGCCAGGCUUGUCUGGGUCCAUGCCGGCGAACGAGAGGGUCAUGAAACCGAGGACUUACUCGCCAAGAUUACAUUCUGCAACAUGCUCGUCUCGCUCGGCUUCGCGCUGAAGCACCGAUUGCGGUAUGAGCCCUUCACGCACUACGAAGAUCUGCAACCUAGAACCGGCCACAUUCCCGUCAUUGCCCACGAUGCUGAGAGAAAGGAGUUGGCGAAGCCUGGGACGUGGGAAAGAAUCGGGCUGUUCCUGGGAUUUCCCAUGGCCGAGUCGAAUCCUCGUAUGCUCUUGAAGAACCCCAGUCGGCCGUUGGGCAAUGUGCCAUUGGAGAUUCACAACUCCUGCUCGGCGUACGUGAGAACCAUUAUCGACAAUGGAACGCUCAAGACGCCUGGUUACCACACAACUGCCAUGGCGCUGUUGGGGCAGGUCAACGACAUUCUCAACGGAACUGAACGUAUUCUCAACACCCCGUUGCCGCUGGCUUACUCGAUUGCCAUUGCUCAAAUCACGUGGGUUUACAUUCUACUUCUGCCGUUUCAACUAGUCGACAAUCUCAAAUGGAUAACGGUUCCGGCAACGAUUUUUGCGGCGUACAUCAUCCUUGGUCUUGCUCUUAUCGGGAGGGAGAUCGAAAACCCAUUCGGAGACGACGUAAACGAUUUGCCACUUGAAAGCUUCUGUGAACAGAUACGUCAGGAUAUUGAUAUAAUCAUGAGCCAGUCAUCCUACUCGACAGAAGACUUGGUUCAGAGGGAUGAGAAUGCCGUUUUGUACCCACUGAGUCAACACGGGUAUCAUGCCCUGGCGUCCAAGUCGCCAGAGGAGAUUAGAGCACUGCUUCGCGCGAAGUUGGAUAUGAAGCAUGACUAUGUCAAUGAGGGCUCGGGUGGCUCAUUCACCAGCUAA